AGAGAACCUGGAAAUAAAAAGUGCAGAGAUCUAUACGGCCCCCAAUAAUUCAGUGACACUCAUCAUCCCAGAAUGCACAGCUGUAAAAGAAGACACCAUCGUAUGGAAAACAAGGGAUGAAGGAAGCAUGCUACUGGCAAAAUGGAAGGAUAAACCAAUGUACUACACCGACUGCAUGAACGGGAAAUGUGACCUCCAGGAGAAUGGGGCCCUCACCAUACGGACACCUCAACGGGAGACCACCAAAUAUAUAGUGACCAUCCACACCAAGGAAGGAGACGAGAGGUGCACAGGGGCAGUGACAGUGAUGGUACAAGACAUAUUGGAUCGUCCGCUCCUGAAGUUCAGUUGCUCCGGUAAACGCCCCUUAGUGACCUGCAGCUCCUCCUCCCUGACCGCCUCCAGCCUCUCCCUGUCCUGGAGUGGACGCUCACAUAACACGAGCGAGAAGACAAUACAGCAAAGUGUUAAUGAACCGAACGUGGAGGUGACCUGCAACGCCAGAAACCGAGUCAGUCAGAGUAAUGACACCGUGACGGUCAGGUGUACAGGCGGUUGGAGUACCUACCUGAUCGUCAGUGUCGCUGGUGGAGCCGUUUUCCUUAUAGUUUUCAUCAUUCUGGUCGUUUGUGUUGUGAAGUACAAGUCCUGUAGACGCCACAGCCCAAGUGAAGAUGAGGAGAUAACCGGAGCCCAAUCCAGCACUCUGCGGCAACUACCGCAGCCCCCGGGCCCCCCAUACGUGACCAACGGCCCCCCGGGCCCCCCAUACAUGACCAACAGCGACUUCAUAGAAGACAACUCCGUCCAGAACACAAUGAGCCCCCCCAGACAGGAGCCACAAGAGCCAGGGGCCCGGAAAGGGAAGCAGAGCAGAGGUCGCCGGCCGCCCCCGCAGGCCCCAAGAGAGGCAACGAAGGUCUACACCAUGGGGCCCCCACAGAGCACCGUCCCCACCUUACCUGGGAAUCAUCCCAACGAACAAGCCCCAAGACCACAGCCCCGAACCAAGUCCAAGCCGCCACGCCAAAAAUGCCGCCAUGACUGCCCAGAAUAGGACAUCUAGUGGUCACCUGGAGAACUACACCCUGAUUUUGGUUCUGUUUGGCACAACCUCAUCCAGGCAGCACGUGUGAUAAUGUGUAUAUACUGCUGUAUACUAUACUGUGCAUUAUAAAAGCUGAAAUUAUUAA